CCGAAAUCAGUGUUUAUUGUUUUGUUUACUUGUUUGGGAAAAUGCGUUUUUAUUCGUCAAAAUCGAUCGACCAAUUGCAUUAAAAUGUAUCAAAUCGAAAGUGUUUUCAUUGGCGAAAGCCAACAGGGUGAAGAGGCGUUAAUAAAAACUGAAGUACAAACGGAAAUCAUAAAUUGUUUUAGAGUUGGUGAUGUAACACGAAUGGCGCCGAACCAAUUUACCUUGAAUUGUUCACAAUGCUCAAAAAGUUUUUAUCAUUUUCCGGAAUUUACUUUGCACAUUGAAGAACAUUUUUUGCUAGGAGACGUCUUUAUCUCAUCCACCGCCACCGUUGAUGAUAGUUUCAUCAAUAAUGUGUUGAAAUCGAAGAGGAUUGUCAAUGAGGAUGUGGUUAAAAUUGAUUACACUGACGAAAAUGAACCAAUGGAAAUUGUUGGCGAUGACAUCGAAUACGACAAUAGUUUUAUUGAAAUUGAAAAAAAUGAUACGGAAACAAUGGUCGAGUACAGAGCGAACGACAAUGAUGACCACAUUCCAUCCGACACAGUCGAAGAAUUUGAAUCAGUAUUCGAUUUACCACAAUUCAUCGAAGGUGUUACAUACAAAAAGGUCGACAAUGGUUUUGAGUGUAUGAUUUGUGGUUUUAAAAGUGCCAUGAAAAACAAUCUCAAGUCACACAUUUCUGUGCAUAUAAAAAGUAAAAAGUUUCACUGCUCAAUAUGUAUAAAGGGCUUUAGUAGUAUUCAUUAUGUACAAAAACACAUUAAGUCCAUACAUAAACAAACAAUAUCGGCAGAUGACAUACGCAAAGCGCAAAACACACUCAAACAAAUUGUAAAACCGAAAAAAUCCGAUCGAAAUGGUAAUGCGCCGGACGAAGUAUCGAAAUUGAAAUUAAAUGUGCUCAGCUCCAAUUACUGGCGAACAGAAGGCAAAAAUUUCCAUUGUCCUUUUUGUGUGCAAUGGUUCUGUAAACCAAAGUAUGUACAAAAGCACAUACGGUUGGUGCAUGGACGAAAUUGUAAAUUGGAUGAUAUUCUGGCGGCUCAAAUUCAACCCGAACUUAAGCCGGAACCAACAAAAUCCGUUGAAAUGGUCACUCAAAAACAAAUUGAAUCAUUGCAACGCGAACAGUCGAAAGAUACAGGAAAACGUGCCAAAUCAUUUGAAUGUUUUGUGUGCCAUACAAUGUUUGUGUCAGAAAAAGCGCUUCGAUAUCACAUGCCUUUACACUCGGGCAUUCAGUACAGAUGUCCAUUGUGUGAAAAAUACUUUUCGAUGCAGAAAUACGUUCGCGAUCACAUGAUUUACAAGCAUGGUUUUGAUAAAAAAUCAAAAUUACCACCAUUAAGAAAGCGAAAAAAUAGAAAAUUUUGAAUACCACAAGCCCAAAGUUUCAAGAUUUGAAUGUUAUUUGGAUCAUC